AUGGUUUUUGCAAAUAUUAAAAAUAGACUUAAAGGCUGUUGUAAAAAAAGUAUUGGAGAGGAUAAAAAAAGAUACCAAAUACAAUGUGGUGAUGAGGAAUAUGUUGUAGAUGUUGAUAAUACUAAAGAUAAUAGACCAAUUACUUUAUAUAAAAGAUCACCAACUGGAGGAAAUGUUAAAAUUUCAAAAGAAAGACAGGCUUCAUUUUUGAAAAAUUGUGAAGAUUUAACAAAUGAAGAAAUUGUUAGAUUUGACAAUGAUGAAACUAAAUGUGAUGCUGGUAUUUAUACAGCUAAACGGUUACGAUACAUCCUUCAUCAACUCAAUUCCGGGCAACUACCAUUAGAAGAUUUAAAAAGAAACAUUGAAUAUGCUGCUCUGGUUUUGGAGACAGCUUAUAUGGAUGAAACUAGAAGAAUAUGUGAUGAGGAUGAUGAUUUAGCGGAAGUUACUCCGGAAACUGUACCAGAUGAGGUCAGAGAAUGGCUUGCUGCAACAUUUACCAGGCAAACAGUUCAAACAAAAAGAGAAAAACCGAAAUUUAAAUCUGUUGCUAAUGCCAUUAGAACAGGAAUAUUUUUUGAUAAACUUUUUAGAAGACAACAAACAAUACCCUGUCCAAUUCCUAGUGAAUUUCAAGGAUAUCUUGCAAAAAUUAAUGAUUGGGAUUUCAAUUCUUUCAAAUUAAAUGAAGUAACUGAUGGUCAUGCAUUAAAAUAUGUUGGUUUUGAAUUAUUUAAUAGAUAUGGUUUCCUAGAUCGUUUCAAAAUUAAAUAUGAGACAUUAGAAAAUUAUCUUUUGGCAUUAGAAGCAGGAUACUCACGACACAAUAAUCCUUAUCAUAAUAUAGUCCAUGCUUGUGAUGUAACACAAUCAUCACAUUUUAUGUUAUCACAAACUGGUUUAGCAUCAAGUUUAGGUGAUUUAGAAAUGUUUGCUGUAAUCUUUGGUGCAAUGAUUCAUGAUUAUGAACAUACGGGCCAUACAAACAGUUUUCAUAUACAAUCCGGGUCUCAAUAUGCUUUAUUAUAUAAUGAUCGUUCAGUUCUCGAGAAUCAUCAUGUCUCAUCUUGUUUUAGAUUACUUAAAGAGGAUGAUAAAAAUAUUACUGAAAGAAUGACGAGAGAAGAAUUUAGAGAAUUUAGAAAUAUGGUUAUUGAAAUUGUUUUGGCUACUGAUAUGUCUACACAUUUUGUUCAAAUUAAAACAAUGAAAAAUAUGUUAUCAUUGCCUGAAGGUAUAGAUAAAACAAAAGCAUUAUGUUUAAUUGUCCAUGCCUGUGACAUAUCUCAUCCUUCAAAACCAUGGGAUUUACAUUAUAGAUGGACUGAAGGUGUUUUAGAAGAAUUCUUUAGACAAGGAGAUUUAGAAGCUAGUAUGGGUUUACCUUACUCACCACUUUGUGAUAGGCAUACAGUUCAUGUUGCAGAUUCACAAAUUGGUUUUAUUGAUUUUAUUGUUGAUCCAACAAUGUCUGUUUGUAGUGAAAUGUUGAAUAAAUUAGUUGAACCAUUAGUGUCAUUACCUUCUAAUGAUAGCUUAUUUCCUCCAAAUGUUAAUGAUAAUGGUACUUCUAAUAGUGCUUCACCAUUACCUGAUCUCAAAAGUCCAUCUUCACCAAUAAAUAAUUUACGUCGUAUACCAUUAAAUUAUUAUGGUAAACUUGAAAUUCCAAAUCCAUGGGUAAAACAUUUACAAGACAAUAAAUCUAUAUGGAAGGAACGUGCUUUAAAAGAGGAAGCUGAAAGAAAAAAAUCACAGGAAGAGGAUGAUAGUGGUGGAAAUAAAAAUUAA